AUGUCUGGCCCCACGGGAUUCAGCCAUUUGUUGAAUGGGCCAGAGGAGGAAAAGGCUGAUUCACAGCGAAAUGCUAUCAUCCCAUCUUCUUCGGCCAGCAGGCGGGCUUCAAUUAGCAGCAGCACGAACGGGCAUAAAUACUCCAGCUCCCAGGGCUCCGAAUCGUCUUUCAAUUCUUCCACACCCCAACUUCAAACUCCUUCGCACUCGCGAAACGCUUCUCAGUCAACCACGGCUUCACAGUCGAGAAAUCCUCCAACACCACCCUCAGCGCAUUCUUUAACGGGCAGCUUUCCAGCCCACCUUUAUUACGAUAACUGCAACAAGAUGGCCGAUAUGGCGGACAACCAGGCCAGUAGGCCGACCACUCCAGAUGGCGAGGACCACCCUCAGAGCUACCCUCAGAGCCACCCUCAGAAUCACCCUCAGAAUCACCCUCAGCACCACGCCAGUCAAUUUGCCAGCAAUCAAGAUGCGAUCGAUCUCACAACAGAGUCACCCAGCAAUGCUGCGAUGCCACUGAUCAGUCGCACUGCUGAUGUUGCGGUUGCGCCUGCGACUGGUGCUGUUCCUACGGCUUCUAGGUUCACUUUUCCAUCACCUAAUUCCCUCUCAUCGGAGACCGCCUCUGCCUCAAAUGGGUCUCCAUUCUCCUCCACCGGCAUUGCCACCACCGCCGGCCCGCUGCCCAGUACUCAUGAGCCGGGCCAUCCCGCUGCACCCAUUGUUAUCGCCAGCGGCAGCGAGAACUCAAAUACCAUCCGCCCACCCAAUGUGUCUGGCCCGGCUUCAGGGCCCUCACAACCCCCCAUCUUCCAUGCCACACCCGGCUACCACCCCAAUGGCGCCCCUCCGUUGCGGCUGGAUCCUCGCCUCAUCAGCUCAGCCGUCCCCCGCCUAUAUCCGACCACGGCUGCCUUGAUGGAGGAGCUUGACUUCACAAGACCCCGUGUGUGCAAGUUCAUGGAGGAUUGCAACAUCACGAGAGGCGUCGACCCCCGGCUGCCUCCCUGGCGCAAGUCAAUCUCCCACAUAUUCGGCCGCAACAAGAGCUGCACACGGAGCAUUCCCGACGGGGUCUGGAUAUGGACUUGCAGGAAGCACUACCAGCGCGCCCGGUAUCGCAACUCCCGCGAGUACAGCAUCAUGAUCACCCGCAUCAUCGAGAUGCAGAUCCUGCGCAUCGAGGCCUGGAGCAACAGGAACUUCGAUUCGGGCCAGCCUGAGAACGGCAUCGUGGCAGACUGGUCGCUGGUGGUCCGUCGCCGCCGGCAGCAAGAGAUGGAGGAGGAGGAUCGCAAGCGCAAGGCAGACGGCGAGGAGGGCGCUAGCGAGGAGCCCGUUAGCCCCUCCACCUCGCCUACUGGGGGCCCCAAUGCCGACCCCAAUGCCCCGCCCCCUCUCCCCAGCGGCACGGUGCCAGAUUGGCUCCUGGCCCUUGUGGGCAUGGGAAAGACGGCUGCCGAGCUGCAGAGCAUUCUCGCCCGCAUCGCCUCUGACUUGGAGGUCAACAACUUGAACUACUUCCCGGACAUCGAGUUGUUGCCCAACAUCACGGGCGAACAGGCGAGGCGGAAGACCAACCGGGCCAAGUCGGGGAACGGGGCCGCCGCCAAGAAGCCUGCCGCUGCUGCUAGGAACAAGCGGCGGCGCGUGAGCGACGAGGCCCGCCGGCCUGAGCCGGCCAACCAAGGGGGCCCAUACGCGUUCCCCCCAAACCUGUACGGGGCCCCCACCCCGUCGGGUCCCGCCAACCCCCUUGGCCCUCCCGGCGGGUCUUACCCCGUCCCCUCGUGGCACCACUACCCUGGUGGCCACAGCUCCCAUCAUCGGUCUUCGUCGAUGGGAGCCAACCAGUUCCCGGGUGGCACACCAGCCGCCCCUGCCUACGCCUCGCUGCCGUCCCUGAACCGGUUCGGCCGUUACCACCAGGACAAUGAGUACCUGGUGGGUCAAACCGCCGAGCCGCAAAACGGGUACUGGACGCCCGACUACCAUGAGCGCCAGCAACGCCACCAGCGCAUCUUGGAGCGCCAGCAGCAGCAGGAGCAGCAGCAACAGCAGCAGCAACAGCAGCCGCAGCAGCCGGCGUACGGCCAACUGGGUGGACGGGAGCAGUACCCGGCCUAUAGCAGCCCCCAGCCCGGCAUGCCCCAGAACAGCGGAGUUAGGCACUCCCGCACUGCGAGCACCCCCGUGCUGAGCACCCCCGCGCGGGCUUCACUGGGGAUGGGUGGCCCCGAGCGCCUGCAGGACACCAUGCGCGCCCUGCCCAACCGCGCCGAAGAGAUGUACCCCGCGACCAGCCACUCCGAUGGCCUGUACGCCGCGCCCAACCGCACCAACGAGAUGUACGGCGCCCCGGUCCAGUACCAGAACCAGAGCCCCUUCGGCCCCGGCCCCGGCGCCAAUAACAUCCGGCGCUUGGCCACCGGUCCCACUGCCCACAUCCCCAUCCGCAACGGCAGGACGCCGCCUUCCACGUCCGGCCUUCCUCCCCUCAACUCUCUCGUCGCCGGCCAACCCUCACAUUUCACCGACGGCGAUGACCCCUCACAUCCCCCCGAGGACUACGAGCCCUCAUAUCCCCCCGACGGCUACGACCCCUCGCAAGGCUACGGUGGCUAUUAUGGCUAUCCUCCCCCCGGUCGCUAG